UUCAGCACAAAUACAGCUUGACUGAAGGUGAGUAGACCUCAUUAACUAAUUCUGCCUAAAUGUGUGUUUCAGGGACCAAUUCAUUCACUGGCAUUUUCUCCCAAUGGACGAUUCUUGGCUACUGGAGCAACAGAUGGGAGAGUUCUGCUGUGGGACAUUGGGCAUGGCUUGAUGGUGGGAGAACUGAAAGGGCACACUGAUACCAUCUACGCACUGAGAUUCAGUAGAGACGGGGAGAUCUUGGCAUCAGGUUCAAUGGAUAACACAGUUCGGCUGUGGGAUGCUGUGAAAGCAUUUGAAGAUUUAGAAACUGAUGAUUUUACUACUGCCACUGGACAUAUAAACUUGCCUGAAAACUCACAGGACUUGUUACUGGGCACCUACAUGACCAAAUCAACCCCGGUGGUACACCUCCAUUUCACACGCAGAAACUUGCUGCUAGCUGCAGGAGCCUAUAGUUCACAGUAAAUUACGAAGCUGUAAGACUGACUGCCAAGUCAUUGCAGGAAUGACCUCAGGGCUUGAGACGAGGAGGAAUGUCUUGUACAGAUGGACCCUGCUGGUUUGUUGGAGGAAGAAAAAGCAAAGCUAUGUAAACUAAUGCAAACAGCAUCUUCUCAGUUCUGCAUUUCACAUUUGUCCACAAUUUGAAAAUACUGGAAAUUGACAAGACAUCGUGGCUUUGAAGGAAGGAAUUGUUUCAUGGUGCUUUUGAU